AUGUAUCAAUCAUCACCUGAAAAACGGAAAUAAAUGCAGACUUAAGGAAGAAUAAUGGAAGAUAUCACAUGCAUUAUUGAUUGCGGGUACGUGGGUUCUCUAUUCUUGGGAAAUAUCGACAGUGCAAGUAACGAGACAUAAUAAAUAAGAUGACAUUAGUCUCCUCAAGAAACAUAGAAUCACAGCUAUUUUAUCAGUUUGUGUCUCUAAAAUACCAUACAUUGUUAGUUCAAGAAUGAAACAAUAUGAACAUUAUAUUUUGGACGAUUGUGAAAACGAGAAUAUUUAUAGAUAUUUUAAUCCAUCAUUUUAAUUUAUUGAAAAAGCUAGACAAACAGGGAAUGUAUUAGUUCAUUGCAUGGCAGGUAUUUCCAGGAGUGCUUCAAUAAUUGCUGCUUAUUUAAUGAAGAAACAUAAUAUUACUUUUAAAUAGGCCUUGCAAUAGUUGUAAAGAAAAAGAUGGUAAAUUUACCCUAAUGACGGAUUUGUCAAAUAACUACUUCAAUAUGAAAAGGAAUUAAAUCAUCAAUAAGAAGAAAUACCAAGUGACUGGAAUGGCAGAAGAGUGUAUAAAUUAUAAAUUUUAAUUUUAAGUAAAACCAAUGUCUCGGAAACAUCAGUUACUAAAACAAAUAAGUGCAAUGAUAGUGAAUACUUAUCGAAUGAGUAUUAAAAAAUAAGAAAGAAAUAUAUUGAUAAUGAAAAGUCAUAAGAUAUAUUGGAGAAAUCUAAAUAAUAUGCAUUAUAAUAAUAAAGGAAAACUAAUUUUGAUAUAUUAAAUCAUGGAAUAAAUCAACAGAUCAAAAGAUUAUAAUAGUAUUCUGAUGGUAAAACAAUGCUGAAUUCUAUUGAAUCUCGAUAAGCCACUAAUCUUGAGAAUCAGUAAAAAAAGAGAGCAUUGGCAGAUGCCGGUAAUCUUUAGAAAUAUUUAUAUUAGUCAACAUCCUGACUAAAAAUUCAACCGUUAAUAGAGGAAUAUAAAUUGAGACAACUACAUAAAUACCCAAAAAACUAGAAUUUUUAAGCAAGUUUUAGUCGGCAACAACAAGAGAUUCAACUUCAACAAAUGAUUAAAUGUUUCCAAAUAAUUCAUAGUAAAAAUUAGAUAACCUACUUAAUUAAUAUGGCAAAAAGUCUAAAUACUAAUACAAAUGA